CCCUUCCUGAGCAGUCAGAUAGCAGUCUAGAUGUGGAGUUCCCUUUACCACAGGAAAGUAAGCGCUCAGCAACUCGUCCGAUGUACUUCAUGACUCCCUUCCAGCCAAGUGUGGGGACCAGAUAGGAUUUGUUGGUAACCUGCAGAUCAGUACUGGAGCCCUCUGCUUUCAUCGCAGCGUGUUGGGUUUGGCAAUGGAGUCUUUCUCUGCCGACACCAAUUCAACUGACCCACACUCCCCGCCUCUGUUUAACCCUCAAGACAUCCUCUCCAUGGUCAUUCUCUGCCUCACUUGUCUUUUGGGAUUGCCUGGCAACGGGCUGGUGCUGUGGGUGGCUGGCCUAAAGAUGAAGCAGACCGUGAACACAGUUUGGUUUUUCCAUCUCACCCUGGCCGAUUUCCUCUGCUGCCUUUCCUUGCCCUUCUCCCUGGCUCACCUGAUCCUCCGGGGCUACUGGCCCUACGGCUUGUUCCUAUGCAAACUUAUCCCAUCCAUCAUCGUCCUCAAUAUGUUUGCCAGUGUCUUCCUGCUUACCGCCAUUAGCCUGGACCGCUGUCUGAUGGUACACAAGCCAAUCUGGUGCCAGAAUCAUCGGAACGUGAGGACAGCCUUAACCAUCUGUGGAUGUGUUUGGGUGGUGGCCUUUGUGAUGUGUGUACCAGUAUUUGUAUACCGUGACCUGCUCAUUAUAGACAAUCAUACUAAAUGUGGCUAUAAUUUUGGUUCCCAAGGGAAUUUUGAUUAUUGGGACGACAUGUACGAUACAGAUCUACCAGAAAGCAAUUCUACUGACAACUCCACUGCUCAGCUAACAGGACAAAUGGAUGACAGGUCCGAUCCUUCCUCUUUCCAAAUAAGUGAUCUCCUUCCGACAGCUGUCACUGCCCUCCAGUCACAAACAGUCCGAAGAUCUUCUGCAGAUCCGUUCCCUCUAGACUCAGCAAGACUGUCUAGUCAACAACCCCAUUACAGUGUAAGACCUCCAAGUGGGCUCAUGCCUGCCGUACCCAGCGGGUUUCCUGUUGAAGAUCACAGAGCCAACACACAGAGAGCCCAUGCUUUUCUCUCUGCUUCUAUAGAGCUUUCCCCUACUGCUUCGAGCAGUUACGUAUACCAUCCUGGGCAGUCACAAGAUUUCCAGGAUGAUUAUUUUGCCCAGUUCAAGCAUGAACGCCAUGAACCAAUACCUAUGCAGGCAAUAACCAUCACAAGGCUGGUGGUGGGCUUCCUGGUGCCCCUUUUUAUCAUGGUGGCUUGUUACAGCCUCAUUGUCUUCCGAAUGAGAAAAACCAACUUCACCAAGUCUCGAAGCAAAACCUUUCGGGUGGCCCUGGUGGUGGUAACUGUCUUUUUUGUCUGCUGGACUCCAUACCAUAUUGUUGGAGUCCUAUUAUUGAUUGCUGACCCAGAAACUCCUUUGAGGGAAGCUGCGUUAUCUUGGGACCACAUGUCCAUUGCUUUAGCAUCUGCUAAUAGUUGCUUCAACCCCUUCCUUUAUGCCCUUUUGGGGAAAGACUUUAGGAAGAAAGCAACACAGUCCAUAAAGGGCAUUCUGGAGGCAGCCUUCAGCGAAGAGCUCACACACUCUACCAGCUGUACCCAGGACAAAGCCACCUCAAAAAGAAACAAUUUGAGUACAGAUGUAUGAAGAUGAGGAGCUGGAGACCUAAGCAGCUGUUCUCAGGCAAAUACUGGUGAAGGAUGACAUGGGAGCAGGGUACUUUAGACAAUCUGUGGCUCUCAGAGAGAGAGGGCUCUGACUAUUGGCAUCAACAUAGUUUGGAAACUUCAAAGAUGCGAAUUUUCAAGCCCCAUCUCCUGCUUGUUGACUCAAAAUCCCCGGCCCACGGGGACCAGUGUUUUAACAGGCCCUCUUGCUUCUGAUUAAUGUUUUUUUGAUCAUUUGACGUAGGCUAUUCCUAUCCCUAAGCCGUGAGAGAUAAAUAACUUUCUCAUCUGUUUUCAAUAUUAAUCUUUUUUCCUUAGCAACAUAUAAAUCAUCUUCCAGUUUAUACGGAAGGCUGCUUUUAUUGUCCUGAGUGAAAGAUACUCACUUAUUGUACAGCUUUAUGGUGGUGGUGGUGGUUUUAAGUGGGGGAAAAAGAAAAGACGCAAAAAAAAAAAAAAGUCCUAUGAAAGCAAGUAGUGAUGAGUUAGAGACUGGAACAGAGUACAGAGCCAAACGCCUGCUACUGGAAGUGUCCUCAGAUAAUUCCAGGUGCCCAAGAUUACCCCCAAGUGAGCACAGAUGUGCGCGAACCCCUACCUGCGUACUCAUGGAGUGUUUUGGAAGCUGUGGUUUGGAGUAUUCUUCCCAUGCAUUCCUCUUGUUCAUAGAACCAUCUGUGUCUCUUUUCUUUUUUCUUUUUUUAAAAUUUUUUUGGUUUUUCAAGACAGCAUUUCUCUGUGUAGCUCAGGCUGUCCUGGAACUCACUCUGUAGACCAGGCUAGCAUCUAACUCAGAGGUCCUCCUGCUUUUACCUCCCGAGUUCUGGGAUUAAAGGACGUGCUACCAUGGCCCUCAAUGUCCCAUUUCUUGAGUUCCUGAAUUUCCUUUCUGUUUUCCGCACAGGGUCCUGCCAUCUCCUGCUGGGGUUGGGGGGAUGCAGCACCGUGCCUGGCCCCCUGCUUAGUCGUCCACGUUAGACUUUGUGCCUCCCAUAGAAUAAAGCGGUAUCAUAAAGAUGCCUUUCCUCUCGC